AUGUUCCGGCUACUGUCCUCCUGCUGGUCUCGGCUCAAGACAACAGAAGAGACACGAAGGAAUGUAACCAUCAUCAUCAUUGGAUUAGACAACUCAGGCAAAACUGUUCUUUUGGAGGUCUUCCAAAGAUUACUUCCCAGUAGGAUGAGCCAUUGUGUGAAAUCUGAACUAACUACACUCCUAUUGGAUGAGUAUGAAGUUUCCAUCUAUGACCUGAAUGGAGACAAGAAGGGCCGAGAAAUCUGGCCAAACUACUAUGCGCAGGCACACGGGCUUGUUUUUGUCCUGGAUUCCAGCGACUUAGAACGCAUGCAGGAAGUGAAGAUCAUCCUAACACGUCUGCUGUCUGAUAAAAGAGUGGCAGGGAAACCCAUCCUACUCAUGGCAAACAAACAAGACAAGAAGGACGCUCUCCUACCUUGUGAUAUUGUCAAAUAUCUACUCCUGGAAAGGCUAGUAAAGGAGAACAAGUCUCUGUACCGAGUGGAACCCUGUUCAGCCAUCAAAAACCUCCAAAGAAGGAACCAUCAGUCCAUAAUUGAAGGGCUACGCUGGCUAUUAGCUGCUAUUGGUGAUAAAUAUGAAGAGCUAUGUAGUCGUCAACAGCCACUCACCUCAAGCUUUCCAACCUCCAAGAGUACCAGAGGCUCUGGCGAAAGAUGCUCAUCAGACAGCUUCACUACCAGGAUGGGAAUGCCCAAAGAAAGAAGACAGCAUCUAGAACCACGCUCAAUGGAAGCUAGACCCCUAAAGCCAAUCCUACAGAAAGAAGGCUUAAGAUUAAGGCCUAAAAAGAAUAUAUCGGUGACAUUUGCUUUAGAUGAACCCAUGGAGGAAGGUGAAUGUUCUGGGGGAAAUGGAGUUCGGAACACUAGUGAGCUUCACUAUAAACAGAGUGAUGACUUGCAGCCCCCAGCUCCAUAUGUUGAUGACGAUCUUUUUGAAGAACCCAGGGUGAAAAAGAGAAUGGAUACCUGGGACCCAGAGGAGAUGUUACUGGAAAGUUCCUGUGAAGAAGUCUUUGGAUCCUAUGGUUAG